GGCUGGGCAGAGCUGCCACUGAGCUGGGAGUUCCAGUUCCUCCGGUGGGACAAGCGACUGAAGGAGGUUUCCCCACCCUGACCAUGAUGUUCUUCAGAGCCACCUGGAGUUUGGUGCUGAAGAAAGGAGGACUUGGAAUUCGAGGGAUACACAACCCAGGAGGCCCAGCUCACAGGCAAGGGAAGAUGCCCCCCUACACCAACUUCCACGCCCAGCGCUCCUACCCCAUGCCGGACGAGCCCUUCUGCACGGAGCUCAGCGCCGAGCAGCGGGCCCUGAAGGAGAAGGAGAAGGGCAGCUGGACCCAGCUGAGCCAUGCUGAGAAGGUGGCCUUGUACAGGCUCCAGUUCCAUGAGACCUUCGCAGAGAUGAACCGUCGCUCCAAUGAGUGGAAGACAGUGAUGGGCUGCGUCUUCUUCUUCUUUGGAUUCACAGCUCUAAUGAUCUGGUGGCAGCGGAUCUAUGUUUUCCCUAAGAAGCCCAUCACCCUGACGGAUGAGUGGAAGGCCCAGCAGCUGCAGCGCAUCCUGGACAUGAAGGGCAACCCCGUGCAAGGCCUGGCCUCCCGCUGGGACUAUGAGAAGAAGGAGUGGAAGAAGUGAUGCCUCAUCCUCACUGCUCUCCCUGCAGCCCUCCCUGCAGCCCUCCCUGCCCGGAGCCCAUGGAGGCUCCUCCUCUCUCCUUAGCCCCAAUAAAGCUGGCCUGUUCUCUUCUGCCUUCAAU